ACCACCGUGACGUGGUACAAGCGCGGGGGGUCUCUGCCCGCCGGCCACCAGGUGUCGGGCAGCCGCCUGCGCAUCCCCCAGGUGACGGCGGCCGACUCGGGCGAGUACGUGUGCCGGGUGACAUCGGGGGGCGUCACCCAGGAGACGUCCCUCAUCGUCACCAUCGAUGACGGGGCCAACCCAUCCCACUCCUCUGCCAUCACGCCGCCCAUCCGCAUCGAGUCCUCGGCGUCCUCUGUCACUGAGGGGCAGACCCUGGACCUGGACUGCGUGGUGGCCGGGGAGGGACAGGCCACCAUCACCUGGUACAAGCGCGGGGGGUCCCUCCCGGCCAAGCACCAGAUGUCGGGGUCCCGCCUGCGGCUGUCGCAGCUCUCGGUGGCCGACUCGGGGGAGUACGUGUGCCGGGCAGACACGGGCAGUGUCUCCCGCGAGGCCACUGUCACCGUCACCGUCACCUCCCGGGACAGCUCCAGCUACCGCCUGCAGAGCCCCAUCAUCUCCAUCGACCCGCACAGCAUGGCCGUGGCACCGGGGGAAGAUGCCACCUUCAAGUGCCGCGUCCACGACGGCGCCCGGCCCGUCAACGUCACCUGGCGGAUGGGACCUGGCCAGCACUUCCAAGACAACGUGAAAAUCAGCGCUAAUGGCUCGGUCAUCUCCAUCACUGGUGCCCACGUGGGCAACCAGGGCGCCUACCACUGCGUGGCCUCCAACCGCUUCGGCGUCGCCAGCAGCGUCGUCAACCUCGUGGUGCAAGGUGCCCCCACCGUGUCAGUCAUGCCACCAGGCCCCGUGAUGGUGAAGGAGGGCAAAUCCCUGAGCCUGGAGUGCCUCGGGCGGGGCGAACCGCGGCCGCUGGUGCGCUGGAGCCGGCUGGGCUCCCGGCAGAAGGUGGAGCACCAGACCCUGCUGCACAUGGACAGCCAGGCCAUCCUGCAGGUGAGGGGGCACCCCGGGGUGCUUCAGGGUGGCACUGCUGAAGGUGUGGACAUCGGUGGUGGUCCCUUGGCCGUGCGGGUGACCCCGGGGAGCCUCGUCAAGGGAGUGGGCGGCACCGCCGAGUUCGCCUGCGCCGUGUCCGGGGACCCCCGGGCGCGUGUGGAGUGGCUGAAGGAGGGCGGGGAGCUGCCCCCCACCCACAGCGUGAGGGACGGGGUGCUGCGGAUCCCGGAGCUGGCCUGGGGGGCACAGGGGGUGUACGUGUGCCGGGCCAGUGCCCCGGGCGGGCAGGCGGAGGACAGGGCCACCCUCACCGUCCAGGCCCAUGAGCACCCCAACACCUCCAACAUCUCCCCAUUCCCAAUCCCACUGAUCCCCCCAUCCCCUUGA